GUUUUAAAUAUGCGUUUUACACUUUCAGGGGUAUUUAUGUAAUUAUGACCAACCUUUAUUCGAAAACCCACAUACUGAGGGGCAUUUAUGGAAAUAUAAUCUAGUAUGAAAAGGAUGCCCCCCUAUUUAAUGAGGGGUUCGGCUCCUCAAUCUUCAUUCAUUCUCGAAGCCAAAAGAACUCAUUUGUAAGCUACAGAAAUUCGAAUUAGGUUUUCUUCAAGACAAGUUUUCAUAAAAAAAAAUGGCAACUGAAGGAGUUGUGAUCGGCUGCCACACCGUCGAGCAAUGGGAGGAGCAGUUUCAGAAGCACGUCGGUUCUGAGAAAUUGGUGGUUGUAGAUUUCACAGCCUCAUGGUGUGGUCCUUGCCGUGUGAUUGCACCAAUUUUGGCUGAAUUUGCUAAAAAGAAGCCCCAUGUUACCUUUCUUAAGGUAGAUGUGGAUGAACUUGAGACCAUAGCUCUGAAGUAUUCGAUUGAGGCAAUGCCAACAUUCCUGUUCAUCAAGAAUGGAGAGAUAGUGGACAAAGUUGUGGGUGCUAAGAAAGAUGAUCUCCAUGCUUGCAUUGUUAAGCAUGAAGAAGCUGCUGCUUCUUUAACUGUUUAAUGUUAAUGUAGAAGUCUACUACUCAUGCUAAAACUCUUUAAUCUUAGAAAUUGUGUGUGUAAACCUUGUUUAUAAAUUGUGGUUUGAUCUAUAUACAUAAAUGGAAGUUAUUGUUGUUUCAAGAUUAGGGCUUUAAGUUUAAGGGGUUUGGAUUGUUUUUAGGAAAUAAACUAUUGGAAAUGCCUUUAAUUUGUCAAGAAGUAAUAAAAAGUAUUAUAAAAUGGAAUAAUUUUGGGAUUUUAUUUUAGGUAUCAAGAGUUGUUCUCCCUCGUUGAUGUUGAGUGAGUAGUUUAGGAAUAUAUUGUAUUUGCUGUUAAAAAAAAA